AUGAUAUUUUUCAAAAUCAUUGCAAGAAAACAGGAAAGAAAAUUGAAUGAUGAAAUCGCGAAACAACACGAAGAGGAGGAAGAAACACAACGAUUGAACUAUGAAAAUCUACCUGAUAAUGAAAUUAAAGAACGAUUACUCAAGACAAUCAUUUACGAUUUCUUUCUUCGAAUUAAAGUUAAUCAAUGGUUAGAAAUAGAUCGAACACUUUUAUUAUUUAUUCGACAACAUGCUUCUUUACUGGUGACAUAUUCUUCAUUAAAAAUGGAACUUAAUAGUGAAAAAGAAUUCGGAAUUAUAACAGAAGAAUUAGCCAAAUCUAUCUCAGAUCAACAACAACUAUCAUCAUCAUCGUCAUCCACAGUUGAUAUAAAACUAAUAACAUCGUCGAUUCUUAUAUUUGUACGAGAAGAUCUACAACGAUUGAAUCUUAAACUUAUCAAGAAACGACAUUUAUUUAUGUUAAAUGUGAAAGAUAUUUGUUUACUGCAUGAAUUUUAUUAUUUACAACCAGAUAGUCAACAGUUACAAAUAGUCGAAGAUAUUUGGCAAGCAACAAUCGCUGAACAAAACGCAAAGAAAACUAUUUUAAAUAAUCAACAAAAUAUAUUUCAAAAUGUCAAUUACGGACAUCAAAUCGAACUUCAAAAACAAAUGUUCCUUGCUCUAAAGAAGAAAGAUGAAAAAGAAAAGAAUAUAUUAUCAUUUAAUUACUUAAAAUUAAACAUAGAUCUACUAAUGAAUAUUAUUGAAAGUCGUCAAAAAGUAUUAAUACAACGUCUUGAAUUCGAAGAUCACUUUAAUCAGCUAUUUCCUCAUAACAAUGAUGAUGACGAUGAUGAUGAUGAUCAUAAUAAGAAUGAUAAUUAUCAUGAAAACAAUCGUGGCAACAGUAACCAAAAAGAUGUAGAUCAACAGUCAUCACAAAAAUAUCAAUAUGAUCUAUUGAAAUAA